AACGCCAGGUUCAACUAAAGACAUGGAAAUAAUUUUACCAAAUGAAAUUAACGGGCCCAUAAGUUGCGUAUUCGUCGUUGUCAAAAAUGGACCCAUUGAUACCAAUGAAAUAUUCGAUAUUGUUAAACUUCGAGAAGUAUCUACAGCAGCAUUGAAAGAUGAAACUCCAAAAGGGGAAGAAUAUUUAGCUGUAGCGAUAAGAAGAUCUGAGUUUUCAGAAGAAUCGGUAACUGUGAAACUCGGCGACGAAACUGUCAGUGACUGUGAUGUCACGGAAACCGACAAGAAAAAUAACAUUAAUUAAUAUGGUGCGAAAAACUGGCCACUUCAAAUGGGAAACAUUUAUAGUACUUACGUUGUAACUACAAGUCCAAAUGGAGAAGAAAUGGUAUUGUUUCAACAAAGCUUUGUAAUAGAAUUUGAAAAUGGGAAUUCUAAUCCAGAAACAGAUAAGACAUGGAUAGCUGGUGUUGUGGUGGGUAUAAUUGCUCUAGCUACUCUAGUGGUUGGUGCAAUUUUUUACACGAAACGUCGACAUCAAUCUGAAAAUAGAGAAUCGUCGACACGUUCAAAGAGUACCUCAAGGGAUCAUAAUGACCUUUAUGAAACUACGGGGUAUCAAACAGCUGAACAUCACAAUAUAUCAUCAGUAAAAGAUAAGGAUACAGAUCAGCAACAUAUAUAUUCUACAAUACCUGGAGUUGGAAAUGAAAAUGUUGUUUUGCAGAAUCAAGAUACGAAUGAUGCUUGAAGUUCUUCUGAUAAUUUUAAUAUGUGGCUGAAACUUAUAUCAAACAAUUAUAUAUUUUAUGAAGUUCACUUGAACAAUAUUUGUGUUAGCAUACAUUUGCUUGAGCAAUCGAAUUUUAAAUAUAGGGAAAUUUUAGAUUAUAAAGCAGCAAAAAUAUUGUUAAAAUAAAGUUCAAUUUUGAAUUAUAAAUUCAUAAAACCUAUUUUGGCUAAAGAACUUUAAAUUUUGUUUCUUGGUCGGCAUUAAUUUGUCCAAUGAUGUUUGUUCUA